CGAUUUUUUUCUUGUGGGGUUGUGUGCGUGUUCAGUGCUCGCAAGAAGGAGCUGAAGAAUAAGCAGAGAGAAGAGGAGAGGAAGCGCAAAGAAGAGGAAAAGGCGAAACAGGCUGCUGCCAAGGCAAGCAUGCAGAAUCAGAACCAGAAAGCUGCAGCUGAUGAUGAAGAUAUGGAUCCAACGCAAUACUUCGAAAAUCGAGUGAAAUAUCUCGCUGCUCAGAAGGCUGAUGGAAAAAAUCCAUAUCCCCACAAAUUCUUUGUUGACAUGUCUAUUCUUGAGUAUACUGAGAAAUAUGGAGGCUUAGGCAAUGGGGAGCAUCUUGAGGAUGUGACUGUAUCUUUGGCAGGAAGAAUCAUGAGCAAACGAUCUUCGUCAUCAAAGCUCUUAUUCUAUGAUUUGCACGGUGGUGGUGCAAAACUCCAAGUUAUGGCUGAUGCUAGUAAGUCAGGCAUGGAUGAAGCUGAAUUUUCGAAGUUCCAUUCUAGUGUGAAGCGUGGUGACAUUGUUGGUGUCACUGGAUUCCCAGGAAAAACUAAGAGGGGGGAAUUGAGUAUUUUUCCUAAAAUAUUUGUGGUACUUUCUCAUUGUCUCCAUAUGAUGCCAACUAAGAAACCUGGUCCUGGUGGGGAUAAUACUAAGGGAAGCAAAGUUAAACCUGAUCCUGCUGCGGAUAAUUCUAAGAGAGCUGACGUAUGGGUGCCAGGAAGUACCAGGAACCCUGACAAUUAUAUUUUAAAAGAUCAGGAAACUCGGUAUCGUCAACGUUACUUGGAUUUGAUGUUGAAUCUGGAAGUUCGGCAAAUAUUCAAGACUAGAGCAAAGGUUAUUUCUUAUGUUAGGAGAUUCCUUGACAAUCUUGAUUUCUUGGAGGUUGAAACACCCAUGAUGAACAUGAUUGCUGGUGGAGCAGCUGCACGUCCUUUUGUUACCCAUCACAAUGAGCUUAAUAUGAAGUUGUUUAUGCGCAUUGCACCUGAACUGUAUCUUAAGGAGCUAGUUGUUGGUGGGCUGGAUAGAGUUUAUGAGAUUGGAAAACAAUUUAGAAACGAGGGUAUUGAUUUGACUCAUAAUCCUGAAUUCACCACUUGCGAGUUCUAUAUGGCUUUUGCAGACUACAAUGAUUUGAUGGAACUUACCGAACAAAUGUUGAGUGGGAUGGUCAAGGAAAUUACCGGUGGCUAUAAAAUCAAAUAUCAUGCCAAUGGGCUUGAUAAGGAUCCAAUCGAGAUUGAUUUCACACCUCCUUUCAGAAGGAUUGACAUGAUUGAUGAGUUGGAGAAGAUGGCUAACCUCAAGAUACCAAAGGACCUAUCCAGCGAUGAGGCUAACAAAUAUCUGGUGGAUGCUUGCUUGAAGUAUGAUGUCAAAUGCCCCCCUCCUCAAACAACUACCCGCUUGUUAGACAAGCUUGUGGGUCACUUUUUGGAAGAGACAUGUGUUAAUCCUGCUUUCAUCAUUAACCAUCCUGAGAUAAUGAGUCCUUUGGCGAAGUGGCACAGAUCAAAGCCAGGCCUGACUGAGCGUUUUGAAUUGUUCAUUAACAAGCAUGAACUUUGCAAUGCAUACACUGAGCUGAAUGAUCCCGUGGUACAACGUCAACGAUUUGCUGAGCAACUAAAGGACCGACAAUCAGGUGAUGACGAAGCAAUGGCUCUGGAUGAGACAUUUUGUACGGCUUUAGAGUAUGGAUUGCCUCCAACUGGUGGAUGGGGUUUGGGAAUUGAUCGGCUGACCAUGUUGUUUACCGACUCACAAAACAUCAAGGAGGUUCUUCUCUUCCCAGCCAUGAAACCUCAGGAUGAACCAUCUGCUAAAGCUGCAGCAAAUUAGGUGUUUUGAGGAGCUGAAAUCUGAUAAGUAAAUUUAUUUUGGGGCUCUAAUCGAGAAUCGAAGAGGCAAUCCUGCGGUCAAAUUUUUGUUAUUACUUUUGCACCAGUUAUUUUAUUUUAUA